AGGCCGCGGCCGGCGGGGCGGGCCGAGCCGCGCCGAGCUGAGCUGAGUCGAGCCGGGCGGCGGCGGCGAGGCGGCGCGGCGCUCCCGGCGGCGGCGGCGGCGAGGCGCGGCGCGGCGCGGCCGGGCGCGGGCAUGCAGGGCGUGAAGCAGUGUUGCAGGACUGAGGCACCCCGGGGAGCUGCCAUGCCCGCGCGCCCACUGAGACGCGCCGACGCCGCCCUCCGCCCCUUUGCCCCUCUGAGGCCAUGGUGCUGAUCCUGGGAUGCUGCUGCAGGGAUUUCAGCUCUGAAAGGGGACUCUCAAUGGAUUUGCCAUGGUGACAUGAAGCAGACAGUGAGGGACACCGGACUGUCGGAGGGGAGAGAGCCUGCACAUGCACAUGCAGCCUGCUAGUAUUUUAAUUUAUUAUUAGUAUUGUUCAAUUUUCUUUUACCUUUUUUUUUCUUCCCCUCCCCUGGGGUUUGAAAGGGGAGGGGAGUGGGCAAAGGAGAGGGGCCUGAAUUUGCUCUGCAGAUGCAAGGAUGACUGUGCUGGCGAGGGUCCGGAGGAGUAUCCGACAGGUAUCUCCACAGGUUGUGUUGCUCCUGCUCUUUGCCUUCUGCCUGCUCAGUGUUUUUGUCUCUGCGUAUUAUUUAUAUGGGUGGAAAAGGGGCUUGGAGCCCUCCGGGGAUGUGCCAGGGCCAGACUGCGAUGAACCCAAAGUCGCCCCCUCCCGCUUGCUCCCGCUGAAGGCCCUCAAGGUGGCCGAUUCCUCCCGCACGGACCCCUUGGUGCUGGUGUUUGUGGAAAGCCUCUACUCUCAGCUGGGCCAAGAGAUUGUGGCCAUUUUGGAGUCGAGCCGCUUCAAAUACAGGACAGAGAUCGCCCCGGGGAAAGGGGACAUGCCCACACUGACCGACAAGGACCGGGGACGCUUUGCGCUCAUCAUUUACGAGAACAUCCUCAAAUACGUCAACCUGGACGCCUGGAACCGCGAGCUGCUGGACAAGUACUGCGUGGAGUACGGCGUGGGCAUCAUCGGGUUCUUCAAGGCCAAUGAGAACAGCCUGCUGAGUGCUCAGCUGAAGGGUUUCCCCCUUUUCCUCCACUCCAACCUCGCGCUGAAGGACUGCAGCAUCAACCCCAAGUCACCCCUCCUGUACAUCACGCGCCCUAGCGAGGUGGAGAAGGGAGUGCUCCCAGGGGAGGACUGGACCGUCUUCCAGUCCAACCACUCCACCUAUGAGCCGGUCCUCCUGGCCAAGACCAAGUCGGCAGAGUCAAUCCCACACAUGAGCGUGGACGCAGCACUGCACACCACCGUGAUGCAGGACCUGGGUCUUCAUGAUGGCAUCCAGAGGGUGCUUUUCGGCAACAACCUCAACUUCUGGCUGCACAAACUGGUCUUUGUGGACUCCGUCUCCUUCCUAACAGGCAAGAGGCUCUCCCUGCCCCUUGACCGCUACAUCCUGGUGGACAUUGAUGACAUCUUUGUGGGCAAGGAAGGCACUCGCAUGAAGGUGGAAGAUGUCAAGGCGCUGUUCGACACUCAAAAUGAGCUGCGCACCCACAUCCCAAAUUUCACCUUCAACCUGGGAUACUCAGGGAAAUUCUUCCACACAGGUACCGAUGCUGAGGAUGAAGGCGAUGAUCUGUUGCUGUCCUACGUGAGGGAGUUCUGGUGGUUCCCACACAUGUGGAGUCACAUGCAGCCUCAUCUCUUCCACAACCAGUCGGUUCUUGCAGAGCAGAUGACCUUAAACAAGAAGUUCGCUGUCGAACAUGGCAUCCCCACUGAUAUGGGGUACGCAGUGGCCCCCCACCACUCGGGCGUGUACCCCGUCCAUGUGCAGUUAUACGAAGCUUGGAAGCAGGUUUGGUCAAUCAAAGUCACGAGCACGGAGGAGUAUCCCCACCUGAAACCUGCUCGCUAUCGCCGUGGCUUCAUCCAUGAUGGCAUCAUGGUACUGCCCCGGCAAACCUGCGGCCUCUUCACACACACCAUCUUCUACAAUGAAUACCCUGGUGGCUCCAAUGAGCUGGACAAAAUCAUCAACGGGGGUGAACUGUUCCUGACUGUGCUCCUUAACCCUAUCAGCAUCUUCAUGACUCAUCUGUCCAAUUACGGCAACGAUCGCCUGGGCUUGUACACCUUCAAACAUCUGGUCCACUUCCUCAACUCCUGGACCAACUUGAAGCUGCAGACGCUGCCACCUGUGCAGCUGGCACAGAAAUACUUCCAGAUCUUCUCUGAGGAGAAGGACCCUCUGUGGCAGGAUCCCUGUGAAGACAAGCGGCACAAAGACAUUUGGUCUAAAGAAAAGACCUGUGACCGGUUCCCAAAGCUCCUCAUCAUUGGGCCUCAAAAAACAGGAACGACUGCCCUUUAUCUCUUCUUGGGGAUGCACCCAGACCUGAGCAGCAACUACCCCAGCUCGGAGACCUUCGAGGAGAUACAGUUCUUCAACGGACACAACUAUCACAAGGGCAUUGACUGGUACAUGGAGUUCUUCCCUAUCCCCUCCAAUACCACCUCUGACUUCUACUUUGAAAAAAGUGCCAACUACUUUGACUCGGAAGUGGCUCCCAGGCGGGCUGCAGCCCUGCUCUCCAAGGCCAAGGUCAUCACGAUCCUCAUCAACCCUGCAGAUCGAGCCUACUCCUGGUAUCAGCAUCAGCGAGCUCACGAUGACCCGGUUGCUCUGAAAUACACCUUCCACGAGGUGAUUACAGCUGGACCCGAGGCCACUGCUAAGCUCCGGACCCUGCAGAACCGCUGCCUGGUCCCAGGCUGGUACGCUACCCACAUCGAGCGCUGGCUGAAUAACUACCAUGCCAACCAGAUCCUCGUGCUGGAUGGCAAACUGCUCCGAACAGAACCCGCCAAAGUGAUGGAAACAGUCCAGAAAUUCCUUGGUGUGACCAACUUCAUUGAUUAUCACAAAACCCUGGCGUUUGAUCCAAAGAAAGGAUUCUGGUGUCAGCUUCUGGAAGGAGGAAAAACCAAAUGCUUGGGAAAAAGCAAAGGGAGGAAGUACCCUGAGAUGGAUUCAGACUCGCGAGCUUUCCUGCGGGACUAUUACAGGGACCAUAACAUCGAGCUGUCCAAGCUCCUGUACAAAAUGGGCCAGACGCUGCCCACCUGGCUGCGGGAGGAGCUGCAGAACACCAGGUAGCUGCUGCCUGCCGCCGUCCUGAGCAAUAGCGGAGUGAGGCUGCGAGGAAGACCUCCCGUCUGACACCGAGCCGAACCCGUGGAGGGGGGAGCGUUUCUGAGCAAUAUUCAGCUGCGGCCUUCGAAGGAGACCCCGAGGAGCCCGCGGCAGCUGCCGAGCGGAGAGUGGGAUGGCUGUGCCCAAGGCCGUGUGAGCUGCGGCCUGACUUUGCGGUCCCAGCACUACGACCUCUCCACGUACCCCCAAAUCCAUUCUUUUUUCUUUUUAAUUCUUGGGCUUGUCAAAGAGGUCAUUUGUCAUCCUGUUCUGAUGGGGAAAUGGGGAACUGGUGCAAAUUCUCUAUUUCUCUACCUGGCAGAGGUCCUAACUCCCCUCGGCCUGAGAGCAGCAUCAGAGCAGUUCUCUACCUCCUCGUCAGAUGAUGGGGAAGCAGCUCCAGGCACACCGAAGAUAACUUUUGCUGGUCUGGAGCAGAGGAAAGGAGCUGUUAGAAAGCCAAAGCCUGAAGUGACCCUGCAGUGUAGCCCAAGAGCAGGAAACAGGAGUGUGUAACAGUGGUUUGCUGGAUUCCCCCAAAAUCUAGUGUUCAAAGCUGAGAAAAAGGUGUCUUUUUUAUUUUUAAAGACUUGGGCAGUAUUUUUUUGUCAUCUUUGUUUGUUUUUUAAUCUCCUCAACCUCUUAUUCCCAGUCCAUGGGCAGUGUGAUGGGAAAGCUGUCACCCAGGAGAACUGAACUGAGAACUGGCCUCGACAAAGUUCCCCGGACGACAUCCGCCCCAUCCCCCUGAUCGUGCGUUGCAAUGUUUUACACGCGUGGUAUUUUCUGUGGUAAAGCUGAGGGGCUGUCUGGCAGCCCUGGCGGCCGGUGCCCUCCGGUGCGCUCCAGACCCCGGCUCAGAACAGAGCGGGCUCUUGCGGACAAGGCGGAUUUUGGGAUAACGGCGGUCAGAAGGAUGCCGAGAACUUCAAACCUCUUGAAUAUUAAAAGCUAAAGUAUUUUAAUAAUGUUGGGUUGGGUGGGAGGGUUUUUUGUUCUAUUUUGCAGGGGAUUGUUUUUCUUUGGUGCCAGAAUUUGUACCUAAGCCUCUAGGAUUUUAUUUCGUCUCCUUACCUGUUACACAAGAAGUGGACAAAGGUCAGUGGGGAAAUGGGAAGGUUUCUUGCUCUGGCUUCCAAGCUGGAGACAGACACAUCUUUAUACUUGUAACAGUGACAUACAGAAGCUGCACCUCUAUUUCUGCCUCUCUCCCAGCGCCCCACUACAUGCUCUGAUUUUUGCUGCCAGUGUUUCAUCGGUGAAGCUUGCAAACACACCACUCUCUCUAGCUACCCUGGGAGAGUGUGUGCAUGAGGGUGAGUGUGUGUGUGUGUGUGCGUGCAUGAGUGUGUGUGUACCUGUCUGUGCAUGCUGCAGCAGUGCCAAGACUGAGCCAUCGUGAGUUUAUGUGGAGAAGGGCCCAGGUUUCUCUUCGGAUGGAGCUGUUCGGACAUGUGUGCCAAAGGUUCGGGAAGGGCAGCCCUGUGGGCGACCCUUUGUGGCAGGCUGGGAACGGAAGAGGGGGCUUUCUUUGCUCGCCAGCCCAAGAACCCAGCAAUUUUCGUACGUUAGGAAAGAAGAGGUGGUGAGAGCUGUGCAAGGAGCAGCUGUUGUGGGCCAAGUGCCGCAGGGCCCCUGCAGGAGUGAGGAAGAGCCUAGGGUCUGCCCUGCCCUGGGGCAGCUGAGCAGUCGCUGUCCAUCUCGGUGGCUCCCUUCAUCCUGAGGUCUUCUCAUGCCUGUAGCUGCACUGAGUGGCUGGGCUGUGGCUGUGGCGAAGGGCUGCCCUUUCCCUUCACGAGGGGGUGCAGAGCUGGCAAAAUACAGCACGCUUUUCAGACCAUUUCCAAGGCAUCGAUAGCAUUGUCGCAGGAGAAGCCAAAGGCCUUAAUUUCCCCCGAGCUGGUGGUACUGCAGAGGGAGACUGGAGGGAGGGAAGGACAAGUGCUUUCUCCAGCCCGGGGGAAGUUUGGCCCUUCGUGGCAGUGCAUUUGAUGGUUGGCUCCUGAGGAAGGUGGUGGGAGCUCUGCGGCCGCCCUUGCGCUGCCGGCGGAGCUGGGCAGCUGCAGCACUGCCCCACGAGGUGAGCAGCGGUGGGAAGCCGCGGUGGUGGUUGCAGCAGCUGCCCUGGGCUCGGGAGCAAAUUCAGGGCAGCAGCGGGGGAGAGCGUCAGAAAUGCUGGGCUUUUCCACUCCCUUUGUUUAGUUUUGUCUCCGACAGCGGGGUGGGCCCCUCUGGGAGCGGGAGUUCCCACCGUUUUAUUUUUGCAUGAAACUCUAGUGAUCCCCGGGGGAGGGCCAGGGCCGAGGGAGGGCUGGGGCAAGGAUGCUGCACUGUUCCCAUUGCCCCUCCGUUUGGCCCUUUUCAAGCCCGGUCCCUUCUGGUUGCAUUCAGAGCUUCCCGGUCACUAAUGUAAGGUCCUGUUGAACUAACUGCUAAUAAAAUGGGGUUCUUUAGUUUUA